GCCGGUCUGUAUCGCAGCGUCAGUCAGCGCCUGCCGCUCCCGACGCAAAUCGCGAGCUUCGUGCAUGCCAAACUAGGGUGGAAACUAGAUAGGCAGCAAUUUAAAACAAGGUGCGAACCAGUGACGAGUUAAUUAACGAAUUACGAACGGAAAUAACUAAACUAAUCAAAUCUACCUACAACUAGCUCUAAGAAAUAAUCAAAGUGUAGUGUUACAAUCGUUUGAUGUUACUAAUUGUGGAAGACUAUGAAUAACUGAAAGAAAUAGUGAAAAUCACCUGGAUUUACACAUCAUUAAGACAUUGCCAGCUCAUUACAUCAAUAAAAAAAUAAGAUCUGAUGGGUGUCGCUACAAGUCCCGCGAGAGUUCUGGUGACGAGGUGACCUCUCGUGGGCAAAGCGAGCGCACACGGACAUUUUCCGAGGAGUGAUGACAGCACGAGCACCGACAACCGCGCCCUACGCUGCACAUCGAGUCGCACGACAUGCCUCGCCUGCGAUGCCAGCGCCACCGCAUUAACCACCAGGCGCUCUUUUCGCUGCUUUUCCUAACCUUAAAACUGGUCGGCAUCGCUCACUGCGGACCGCGUUAUAGUUCACGUAUAGUCGAGAUUCAAUCGGGCGCUAUUCGAGGUGUAAUACUAGAGUUAAACUCGCGUCACCUCGAGCCAGUGGAAGCGUUUCGUGGUGUGCCGUAUGCUGCGCCACCUGUGGGCCCACUACGCUACCGACCGCCGCAGGCACCACUUCCGUGGCCAGGCACUCGACUCGCAGACACUUUUGGUGCAGUGUGUCCACAACGCUUUCCUGACGUGAGCAACAGAACAUCAGCUUUGCAGUUUAUGCCUAAGGGACGUUAUCAUCACUUGAAGAAACUUACGCCAUUGCUAGUGAAUCAAAGUGAAGAUUGCUUAUUUCUAAAUAUCUACGUACCAGGAAGUGGCAAUCGAGGCGUGGAGGCCCCCUACGCGGUGAUAGCGUUCGUUCACGGCGAGAGUUUUGAGUGGGGCUCUGGAAACCCUUACGACGGGAGCGUCUUGGCCUCCUACGGGCACGUCAUCGUUGUGACGCUUAAUUUUCGCCUUGGUGUGCUGGGUUUUCUAAGGACGAAACCAUCGAGUGAUCGCAGUGACGACUCCGGUGGAAAUCUUGGCAUCAAAGACGUGACAUUUGCCCUUCGCUGGAUCAAGAACAACAUUGGAGCAUUCGGUGGAGACCCUACACGGGUUACAAUCGUCGGGCACGACACCGGAGCUGCCCUUGUCAAUCUUCUUUUCGUGUCACCAUCAUCAAAAGGUCUUUUUCGGCGAGUUGUACUUCUGAGCGGAACAGCGCUGAGUCCUUGGGCGACGAUGCACAAUCCGGACGCUUUGCGGCAAACCGUCGGCGAGCAAACUGGUUGUUUGGCUCCAGUAGUUGCCACCCCCACACCGGGAACUGCCAGCUCAGAUACAGAACAACCUAAGGACGCCAAGCUGGACGCUGCACAAACAGAAAAUAACAAAGACAUCGCAUCCUGUCUACGGUCUAGACCACUACAAGCACUUUUAGAUGUGCGGUUAGAGACAGUUCGUUUUAUGCCAAGAAUAGCCCCCUCGUUACCGGUAGACUCCGAAACACCAGAUCCGGCUUUUGCGAUGGAACACGCCAGCGACAAUUUCAUCACCUGCGAAGUACUGCUGGGCACGUCGACGACGGAGAGCUACAAUGAUUUCAACGCUAACGACAUCCAGUAUGGCUUCGAAGAAGACCAACGCAACCGUGUGCUACGGACUUAUAUUCGCAACGCGUACAUUUAUCACCUGAACGAAAUUUUCUCAGCCGUACGCAACGAGUACACCGACUGGGACAAGCCCAUUCAGCAUCCCAUCAACAUCCGCGAUUCUACAAUGGAGGCCCUCAGUGAUGGUCAUACAGUGUCACCAUUAAUCAAAGUCGGCUAUUUGCACGCACGGCGAGGUGCAAAACCUACUUUUCAUUUUGGAUAUCAAACUAAGGAUGGAGACUAUCCACAACGUUUGGGUAGUGUACGUGGUGAAGACUUGUCGUACAUUUUCGGUGCCCCGCUGGUCGGUGGCAUGCCGAACUUUCCGCAGAACUUCAGUCGGCAAGACAUGGGCGUCGCGGAGGCGGUGCUCAAUUUCUUCACCAACUUUGCGAAGAGCGGCGACCCCAACGCGCCCGGCAUACAAAAGUCAGACAUGCCUGAUUAUGGCACCACCAGGGAGAAAACUCGAUAUAAAGGGAUCACCUGGGAUCCAUAUGAAGUUGGCACACAGUAUUAUCUUAGCAUAGCGUUAAAGCCCAAAAUGAAAAGCCACUAUCGGGGUCACAAGAUGGCCGUCUGGCUUAACCUCAUUCCACAGUUACACCAACCCGGUGAUGAAGACGUCAGUAUGCGGCAUCAUCAUUUUCACGAAAGAGAACCACAUUAUUAUGCGGGUGCUGUGCGUGCCGAAUCAUUCACACGUCUUCCACCACCAUUACACCCAGCAUCAAUGACGGAUCCAAGAGCAAAUGGAGGCAGUACUGAUUGUCCUCAGGCGUCAUCAACAUCAACGGACGAUUUGCUGGAUCUAGAUGUUGGGGAUGAAGAGGAUGUUACCGAAGAAGAUGGCGAACUGCUGCAACGGCUUGCAACACGCCAUUAUUAUAGCUACACUGCAGCGCUUGGUGUCACAGUUGGUGUUGGUUGUCUUCUACUUGUUCUAAAUAUGCUCAUUUUUGCUGGAAUUUAUUACCAACGUGAACGGGACCGUCGACGGCAAACAACGCAAGGUCGUGCAUCACGUUCGUCUUCUUCGUCGGAGACUAUUCAAAUGUCACAACGUAUGAGUGGGACGCCAUGCGGUUCCCUACGUACUUCACCUGUCACAAGUCGUAGAGAAAAGGAUAAACCGCCGUGUUAUUCGACAAUGCCACGGUGUGCGCACGCCAAUUGUAGCACGGUAUGCGAAAACAAAAAGGAACGUCCGUUGCCGCCAGUGCGGACGUCUAGCAAUCCACCAGCUAGCGGCACUAUGAAGAAACGCGUUCAAAUUCAGGAGAUAUCCGUAUAGCAGGAGGGCAAGGAGUGCCAAUCGGGCACGCUGCAUGCGCGUCCAGAUGUCACUCCGGAGCACGAACUCUACGAUUGCGAUCUGGUGUCGGUGCAAUUAUAGGGUGUGCUAAGCAAAAUCAAAACUUUGAUUUACAUUGAAUACUAAACAAUGAACAAAUAUAACCUCAACUAAAACCAACACAUAAAAACACUGGUUAUUUGUAAAGUGUAGAUUAAAAUGGCGGAUGUUUAAAUACUGAGUGUUAACGAUGAGUAUAGUGUAAUGAAAAUUUUCCAUGAAAGUAAAUUUGAAUCGUUUUUCAACCAUAUCACUGGACACAAGUCAAAAUCUACAAUUAAUUUCUUUGCGUUUUGCCAGUGACGAAGACAAUGAGUCCACCACCACCAACGGAAUGGUUUCCUCCUGCACUGCACCGAAAAUCGUGCGCUUCGACGUUAUCACCGCAAGAUAAAUGAACCCGACGCAUUUUCCAAUUGGAAAACUUCAAUGGUCGGGCGAAGAGAGCGAUGCAAAUAAAAAUGUAUUCGUGACCGGCUGCCACUCCACACUCCCGAUGUCUGAUAAAAUGCGAAUGUGCGCGCGAAGGACAUUAUCCGGUUGCGCGCCGGAGACGUAAUGAACGGACCGGAAAUGAGAGCGAACAAACUAUUAGUUAUCCAAUGGAGGAGCGGAAUGACAGCGGAACGUAAACGAUCCGACCGGUCGGACGCGAAAAGAGUGCCAGAAGAAAAAUGCUCGAAAUGUAAUUAUCCAGGGUUCGAGAGUGCUGCGAGGUGCAACCGGAGUUUAAAAUUGAGAGGAAAGCUGGAUGAUUUGCAUGAACUAUAAUUCGUUAGGAUGAAAACCUAUGCGGAUGCAAGCAAAUGAAAUGAAAUUGCGUUAACACAACAUUUUUGCUGAUAAAUUCAAAAAUUCGCGUGGAAAAUGUAACAUUUUUGUGUCGUUGGUCCAAUUUUUUCGAUACACAGGGUUUGGAAUUUAUUUCCUUAUUUAGAGCAUUAAUUACAGAAUAUCAACAUGAAACUUAAACUUAAAAAAAUGGCAUGGUGUCAACAUAAUAAACAUCAACACUGCCUUUUUUUACUUUUCUAUCUAUAUCUGCAAGAAUUUAAGAUUUUAGCAAUUUUAGAAGUUUUUUUGUCAUUAGUAAAAUGUAAAAAGUAAACAUAAAUCGUUGAAUAUGACAGAUUGAUGAAAACAUGUACGUUACGAUAGUCAAAUGUAAACAUAAAAGAAAAUCAAACAACAUGUCCUUCGACGACAUACAAACAAUGUGUAAAGUGUACAUAGAUAAUUUAAGUCUUGAAAUGUUGAAAAUGUUUAAGCGCAAAAAUGAAUUGUGAAACUGUUAUGAAAGUGGCGUGAAGAUUAAUGAGUGAUUUGUCUUUUAGCAAAGCAAAGCAAAACAAACCUAAGAAUGACUCGUGUUUUUAUCUUAUCUUGUAACUCUUACGAUAAAAAUUAAAAUACUGGAUCACUCGACCAUGUGAAACUACACUACUUCACAGGAUUGGAGCAUUAAAUAGCGAAUUGAAAUCGAACUUUGUUCUAAAUAAGAAACAUGAACCGAUGUACCGAUGUGUUUUGUAAAUAUUGACUAAGAAAUGAUCAUAUAACAAUUUUAGACGCAUUGUUUUGUUAGAAGUGGUACGAAUCGGAAAACGAUUAACAACUGUUUUUAUUUGUGAUCUUCUUGAAUAUUUUAUUAUUUAUCCAUAAAAUAACUAUACAUAAACUAUUGUCGUUAAUGAUUUUGUUGAAAUGAAAGCGGAAGAGUUUACAAUGUGACAUAUUAUAAAUAUUGUUGAAUAUUUUCCAUAUAUUAUGUUCGAUCGAUUAAAUCGACUUUGUAAAAUACGAAUAAAAGAACGUAUGCCAUU